AUGCAGGUUAGUAGGUGGUAUCAAGCUCCUUCUAAAAAAUCAAGUGAUUACUUUUUGGUGCAGCUGCCAAGCCCACAGUGCUGCAUUUUACUUAUUUCUGAAUGUAUUGAAGUCAUACGCGUCUUGCUACUGCUAUCAGGGGACAUAGAGACAAACCCCGGUCCUGAAAAAGCCGUCCUCGACGAACUAAAAAAAUUGGCUACUGGCCAGGCCACACUAAUAUCUGAGAUGCAGAGCCUCAAAACCCAGCUAACGAGCACAAACUGCACUAUUGCUAAUCUAAGCACCCGCCUCACAGACUUAGAAAAUCUCUGCAAAAAUCUUUUAGUUCUCCGAACAGAAGUUGACGCCAUUAGCACUAAGACCGGUCAACUAACCCAUCGUAUAUGCGAUAUUGAAGAGCGCCUUGACGACCUCGAGAACCGUUCCCGGCGCAACAAUUUAAUAUUCUACGGUUUUCCUGACACUAACCCGAAGGAAACAUACGUUCAAUCGGAGCAAAUAAUCGUAAGCCACUGUCUUGAACGCUUUGGUCUUAUAGUCGAGCCCAAAGAUAUAGAGCGAGCACAUCGACUAGGGCGUUACACCACUAACCGCAAACGACCCAUCAUAGUGAAGCUUUCAUCCUUCAAAACUAAAGAAUCUAUCCUCUCAAACGGUCCAAAACUAAAAGGCACAAAUUUCAGCAUUGGGGAAGACUUCACGCGUCCAGUUCGAACCGCCCGAAAACAGCUCAUUGCCUUUGCUCGGAGCAAAUCCGUACCAUUUUCAUUACGUUACAAAACAUUGCAUAUUGGAGCCCAGCGAUAUAUCUUUGACACUGCAUCAGGAAUUGUCAAAGCCGUAUCGUAGGGAUCAUGUCGCCGUCAGCAACCACGCCAUCAGCACCAUAAAUGCGCAAGAGCGAAUCUUUCAUUUUCUGUACUUUAUACUAACAUACGUAGUUUUCUUCCGAAACGCGUGCUCCUGUCUAAUCUAGUACAAUCAACCGGCAGUAGUAUACUGAUACUAACAGAAACAUGGCUCAAUGACGACAUUUCAGAUACGGAGGCACUGGCUGACUUGCCGAACUUUAACAUUUUUCGACACGACCGCAAAAAUGCACGUGGCGGGGGCGUACUCAUCGCCACUAACAAAGACCUAUCAUGCUCUCGAAUCAUUACAUCUUCACAACUGGAAUCGCUAUGGGUAAUGUGUCGUGCCCCUCCCGAAGCAAUAAUACUUGGGGUAUGCUACAGGCCCCCUCGAACGGAUCCAGAUUUCGCCCUCGAACUUAAUGAAAUAUUAUCCCAGCUUACUAAAAAACACCCCAAUGCACACAUCCUCCUUUAUGGAGACUUCAACUUCCCUAGCAUUAAUUGGCUCAAUCAGGCUUCACCAACUUCAGGAAACACCGAAGCAAGCGAAUUUAUCAAUGUUUGUCUCAACUUUGGCCUCAUCCAACAAGUAACAGAACCGACGCGCGUCACUUGUGAAUCCUCAAACAUUCUAGACCUUGUACUAACGAAUAACCCCGAAAGCUUAAAAUCUAUCGCAUAUUUACGAGAAAUAAGCGAUC